AGUGAAAAUAUAAAUAGAUUUUGAAAAUUAAGAAAAAAAAUAAUUUAAAAAUUCCAGAAUUCUUAAGAAUUUAGAUCUUAUAAAUUACGCAAAUUGAAUUAAUUUUAGUUAAAUGAUUUUUGAAUAAUAAAUAGCUUUCGUCAUUAAAACUGAUAUUCAACUCUAUAAAUUGCAAUUAAUAUUGCAAUAAAAAAUCAUUAAUAAUCAUAAAAAAAUACAAAUGAUAAACUAUGUGGAUACAUAUGAAGACUAAAAACUAUAAUAGUUUGAGGAAGAGCUUGAACUAUUUGGUAUUGUGAGUUCUCCAAAUACUCUUAUUUUGUCUGAUCCAGGAUAAACCUCUUGUGUAGAAUAAGGUAGAUAAUAUAUCAUAAGACUUUCAUUAGAUUCUAAUUUAUUGACUCCAUAACAGCAAGAAAUUCAAAAAAUAAAAUUACCAAUUCAAAGAAGACGUCCUCCAAAAAGAAUUCAAUAUACUUAUCAUAAGAAAAAGAAGCGCCCUGCCCCAAAACCCAUUAUCCAUAUCAAAGAAAAUGGAUUGAAGGUGUGUCUUGUCAUGGAAAAACCCAAAUCUAAUGCCCAUCCUUUCUCUAAUAUUGAAGAUAAGAGAAUUUUGGAACUUGUUCUUAAGAUAGGACCUAAGUUUUAUAAAAUAUCAAAGUCAUUUCCAGGGAAGAGUGUCAGCAUGGUCAAGAAUCGUUAUUACAAAUACCUCCGUUAUAGAUGGGAUGAAGUUAUGGGAAGGUAAUUUGAAUUUAACUAUCAUUUAGUGAGUAUAGACACAUGAAUUCUCUUCCAGAAGAUCAAAAUUUUGAAAGUCAAAAUGGAUUCAGAUCGAAUGAUAUCAAUGAUGAACUUGAUUCCGAAUGUUGAAUACGUUCAAGUAAAUCAGUAUAGUGACUAUAUUUUUUGUUUACAUC